CGUGGCGUGGAAGCAACACGGACAGGGUGGGACGCAGUCGACUGCGGCGUGGGUGCGUUGCUGGCCCGGUGCGGCGCGGCGCGGUGGCGGCAUGGUGCGGUAGCAAUAUGGCGCUACCGCUAUGGAUAGCCGCACUUGUGAUCGUGGCGCCCUCUGUACGGACACAAGAGGGCGGGCCGAACGACAGCAGCGCAGCGUGGCCCGCGCUAGCCAUCGCGCUGUCCAUACGCUCGCGUGCGGUCCAGGACAGCCGGUGCUAUCUGAUGAAUGGCGGCGCUGUGGAGAGCUUCUUCAUCAGCGAGGACACGCCCGUCGGCAGCGUCAUUGGUACCCUGAGUGUCAACGGCGACCCUAGCGCGGAGGGCGACAUCGCACUGUCGGUGUCGGAGCGCGGCGCGGGGCUGGUCAUCGCGCCCGGCACCAAGAACCUGACGCUGGCGCGUGCGUUGGACCGCGAGGAGCGCGCCGGCCCCAGCAGCCUUUACGUGAACGUGCGCUGCGAGCGUCGCCACACCACUGACCCGAGCUUUUUGAUACCUGUGUCUGUACGGGUGUGGGACGUGAACGACAAUGCGCCGGUGUGGCGCGGGGCACCGUACAGCGCGCGCGUGUCCGAGCUGGCGGCGGUGGGCACACGCGUGCUGGCCGCGCCCGCAGCCGACGCCGACCAGCCCGGCCCGCACGCCACCGUGCACUACGCAGUGCUGCCCGGGCCCUACAGCGAGUACAUCGGGUUUGCAAACGAGCUGGACAGCAUGCUGGUGGUGAAGAAGCCGCUUGACUACGAGAGCGUGCGCAACUUCACGGUGCGGCUGCGCGCGCAGGACCAGGGCGCGCCGCCGCGGUACAACGACACCGAGCUAUAUGUGCAGGUACUGGACGCAGACGACCAGAACCCCAAGUUCACACAUGACCACUACACGGCCCUUCUGCCCGAUGAUGUAAAGGAGGGCACGGUGCUGGAGACGCUGCCGGGGCCGAUCUCCGCAGAGGACCAGGACGCGGGCAUUCGGGCGCCGCUACAGUACUCGCUGGGCGGGGCGGGGACCGGGGCGGGGGCCGGGGCGGGGGCCGGGGCCGGCGGGGGAGGAGCGCCGGUCACCGUGGACCGCGACACCGGCCGCGUGGCCGCCACCAGCAUGCUGCUCGACGUAGACCUGCCCAUCACUGUCGUCAUCAAGGCGACGCAGGUGGACAACCCGGACCGGUACGCGCUGGCGGCGCUGGAGGUGUCGCGCGGGGCGCGGGGCGGGGCGCGGCGCGUGCGCUUCCUGCGGCGCGAGUUCGCGGCGCGCGUGCGCGAGGACACCGCGCCCGGCCUGGCCCUGCUCGCGCUGCACACCGCGCCCGCACAGAGUCCGCUGCAGUUCUACGUGUCGGACAAGAGUUUCCUGGACAAGUUCGCGAUCAACAGCGCGGGCGAGGUGCUGCUGCGGCGCGCGCUCGACUACGAGACAGCGCAGCACUACCACUACCAAGUCAUGGUCACCGACGGACUCUCCAAUGAUACGGCGGCUGUGAAUAUAAGCGUGAUAGACGUCAACGAAUGGGAGCCGCGCUUCCGCUUCCCGCACUACGAGUUCCGCGUCGAUGUGGACGCGACUGCGCACCACGACCACCUCGACUUCACAAGCAGCGGCAUCAGAAGCGUGGAGGAGGACGCAGCAGAGGCGGGGGAUGUUGCGGGCGACGUGCGCGUGGGCCGCCUCGACGUGCACGACGGCGACGGCGCGGACACGGUGACCAUCUCCCUGCGCGGACCCGAUGCAGAGCUGCUGUACGUGAGGGAGGGUGGCGAGUUGUUCCUGCGGCGGUCAGCGCUGGCGGCGCUCAACUCGUCCGUGCUGCACGUGGUGGCCACCGCCGUGGACUCCGGCAGUCCUCCCCGACAGACGUCUGUGCCGGUGUCGGUGCACGUGGCGGGCGGGGGUGCCCUGGGCGCAGGCGGGGGCGAGCGGGGCGCGCGCGCCGGCGUGCUGGGCGGCUUCGCGGCCGCGCUGGCGCUACUGCUGCUGCUGGUGCUGGUCCUGCUCGCCUACAUCUGCCACGCUAGAAGGCGUCGAAGUAAAAAAGCUGUCGAGUCCGUGGUGGCGUUACCGCCGGAGAAACCGGCGAGCGCGGGCAACGGCGCCACCGUGCUGGUGGGCGGCGGCGGGUGCGCGGGGGGCGCGACGGGUGUGGGGGGUGCGGGGGGCACGGUGGGCUCCGGCUCGUUACUGAGCGUGUCGGCGGGCGCGAGCACCAUCCUCGCCGGGUCCACGGCCAGUCUCGAGCGCCUCGACCCGCCCAGUGCAACAGUGAACAGUAGAGUGUCGCACAGGUUCCCCGCCAAGAGCAAGGUGGCGCCCGCGCCGCCGGCGGUGGGUGCGGUGGGUGCAGGGGGUGCGGGGGGUGCGGCGGGUGCGGGGGGUGUGAUGAGCGACCACCUGGACGCGCGGUGCACGGGGCGGUCGGGCGUGGCGUGGCCCAGCGCAGUAAUUCCGGCGCGCGUCAAGAAGCUCAGCUGGGACGAUGCGCAGGGUGAGCCCGAGAAGGAAGUGAACGAAGCGACGAACUCCGCGGUGACUGAGCACAUGAACCUCACCGUCUAUUUCUGAGCCGCUCUGCUGCAAGCUGCGCGUUGCAGACUGAGCUGCUGACUGAGCUGCUGACUGAGCAGUGUGAGCUACGAAAGACGUGCAACGUCGCUAUUUAAAGGAACAAUUGGACUUACAGAUUAACUAUUUAAUUGUUAUUAAAUAUAUGUACAAACAGAAUUAAUAAUAUUUUAAGUAAAAGUCUUGCCAAUUUUACUGUUUUUAAAAUUUAUUAUCGUUGUAAUAAGUAAGU